UUGUCUGCUGCUUGUUAAUACGUUCAAAUUGCAAAGUAAUGGCCGAAGAAAUAGAUGAUAACGAUUUCUAUCGUGAAAACUUUAGCGCCGAUUCCGACUGGGAGGUGUUCAACGCCCAGCUUGGCGAGCUGUUACAAAAAUGGGAGGUGGCCGUCGACGUGGGCGUCCCACUGCAGCCAGAGGAGCUCUUCCAUUGCAAGUGGCACGUAGAGUCGCAAACUCUGGACAUGCUUCGCAAUAGCAUUGCCGUGGACUACUACGAAGCGCAGCCAACUAACACACCGACAGUUGUAGCGGGCGAGGAGGGCAGCACCUGCCUGCAGCGUACGAAUUGCCAUCACGAUUUGAUGUGCAGUUGGAACAGCUUUGGACCGCCCAUACGCAACUCCAGCGAACUGCACACGUUGGCGCGGAUCUAUGGACUGCGGCGUUUUGUGCUGAUGCAUCCCGUGCAUGCUGCUAGCAAUUACAUGAAGUCCACAUCAGAGUUUAAUUUCUUUUUGAGUGCUGCGGCUGUGGUGGCUGCCGAAGUGUCGAGCGUGGUACCCAUCUUUGUGCAGCUGUACGAUCCCAAGUGGAAUUUCUAUACGGGCGUCGCACUGGCACCCGCUCUACGCACCAAUUUCCGACUCAUUGGUCUGGAGCAGGCGCCACCGGAAUGCCGUUAUUUGACGGGCCUCGUAACGCUCUUCCGUGACAAGCUACCCUCCGCGUACACCGAGGAAGCCAGGGUCUCAGUCCGCACCACCUACACGUUGGAUGCGGUGCGCAUACGCAUGCCUUUAUAUGUGCCCUUCGAUCAUGGUCUAAGCUCCGAGGACAUAGCUAUCGAUGGCGACGUGGAGCAACUGGAUGUGCAGCAUUUCUAUGCGCUACCGCAUGGUUAUGCUCCGGAGUCAUCCACAGAGAGCUACCUCGUCUACACCUGGCCAGAGCUCUCGGAGAGCGUGGCCUUUGAUAGCGAACAGCGCACGGAUUUUCUGCCUUCCAAGGCACCCUUGGGCAAGAUCUAUUUAUCUGUGGAGGCCUUUUCGUACCUAAGCUGCUGCUUGCAAGAUUAUCAGGCGGUGGGCAAGGUCGAGCGCUCGCUGGAAUCGUAUGUGGGUCGCAAUUUCUCUGGCAUCAGCAGCGGCGCUGAGCGCACGAACCCAUUGGAUAAGCUAACCGAACACAAGCUGACCUCGCGAAGGGAGCGCAACUAUGAGCUGCCCUCGCAGGCAGGUCUUACCAAGCGUUUGCCUGGACCCAUGACAGAGAGCGAACUCACGGAGCUAUUGGUCUAUCUGUUUCCCGAUAUGCAUCCCGAAAUGGCGCUGUUUCCCUAUGCCAAGCAGAGCUUUAAAGAAAAGUUCGAUCCGAUGCGCAUCAAGAGCGCAGUUGCUGAUUCUUUGGUUUGUCGUCUCAGCUGCUUAUUGGCCACUUGCCACGCCCAUUUGGGCAGCUUGGAGGGCAUGGCGCAGCUGUGGGCGGCCUUUACACGUCAAUUGCGUUUAUUAUGGGAUAAUUCUCUAUCAGUGCCCGGCGUUGCACCUGGUUUUCCGGAUACACGCACCUGUCUGCUGCACCAAAAGCUGCAGAUGCUCAACGUUUGCGUGGAGCGUCGCCUGCAGCGCGAGGCGCUUGGCAGGCGUAAACAGCAGCAGCAGAAGGUUGUGGAGGAGCAGCUGUUAACGGAUGAGGACGAGGAGGAUGAUGUCGAAUUUUUUGACUGCGACGAACCAACUUCCGCAAGCGGCUCACCAACUAAAGCCGUGCUUAGCCUCAAGCCAGAGGGUCGCUUGAAGCGUUUGGGCCAAGAGCAUUUGCUAGACGAACCCGAAGAGUUUCUGUAUAUACCAGAAACGCAAGAGCCGGUGCCCAAAACAGAAGAUCAGCUGCAGGACGACGCGGAAGUAAUGCUAAAACUGGGACCCGGUUCGGGCUUGAGCACACAAAUGAUGUGCACUUCGCUUUUGUCCGAUAUGGAAGCAUUCAAGGCGGCCAAUCCGCGCGGCAAAAUGGAGGACUUUAUACGCUGGUAUAGUCCCAAAGACUGGGAGCAGGUGCAGAAUGAAAGUGGAGAGACUGUGCAUCAGUUGAGCGUGCGCAUGACAACCGAGGGCAAUACCUGGCAAAAGGUAUGGCAUCAGGCACAGCCGACUCCAGUUGCCAGACAGCGACGCCUCUUCGAUGACACCAAUGAGGCGCUAAAAGUGUUACACUAUCUGGAAACGCGUAAUAUGAGCGAGAUCUAUGGACUGACUAUUAUACCCACGCUGCACACGGCCAUACUGAAGUUAAUUGACAUCUACAGCAAUGCCCACGUGGAGGAUCUGUUUAGCAGCCACAUCGAACAGCUUUUAAAUGAAUUGUGUCGCGUCUCGCGUGCCCACACGAAUGAGCUGCCCAAUGUUAGGAAUCUACUCGAUGAUCUGGCAGAGCUGGAGCGUCGUUUCUAUCAGUUCAAGUGCUUUGAACGACUCGCUGGCUAUCCAAAAUGCAGCUCACUGACAGAGAUCAAGCGACAGUUUGAGGAAAUACUCAAGAAUGAUAAUAGCUGCACAAUUGUGGAUAAAAAGCGCGGAGCUGCGGGCGAUGUGCUGUGCAGCAGUGGCAGCUUGUAUGAUAUAUUGAGUCCUAAACUCGAAGAGGAUAUAUCCAAUCGGUUAAUCAGCAAAGAUUAUGUUAUACGUCUGGAUGGUGAUACGAAAUCAACCGAAAAGGGUCUCUAUCUGGGGCCACAGUUUAUGCGAGCGAUUGUUACGGGCGACAAGCUAAGACUCUGUGGCGCCUUCACGGAGAGCACAACCUUUGUUUAGAGGAAAGAGUUGUAAUUAAAAACCACUCUUCAACCGUUCCAAUUUGACUAAAGAAUUCAAAAUUCCAACUGAUCCUGGAAACUACGACGAGUCCUUAAGGGCGCAAGUAUCCAGGAUUGGAGUUCAAUAGCCCGGGAUAAAGUCAUUGUAGGCUUAGGCGAAACAUAUAUCCACAAUUCAAAUAUAAUUUGUAACGAUUAUAGGUUUAAUAUGUAUUU